AUGACCCGACGACGACAACAAGCCGAAGACGAACUACACCCGACGUGGAGAGACCAGGACGGCCAGAUCAUGCACCGAGCGCUUGGAGUAGCUGGGUCGUGGAAGACCUACGUGCAUCCCAAGGCGCGCGAGGCCGUCUUGAGGUUCUACCAUGACCACGACCUGGCAGGACACCCCGGUACAGACCAGACACGACACGCGGUCUCCCAACACUACCAUUGGCCUGGCAAGGCGCGGGAUGUGAGGGAGUACGUCCGGGAGUGCGAGGUCUGCCAAGUCCGCAAGGCGCGCCGACUCGACGGGGAGCAGCAACAGCACUCACGACAACCGACCCACGCAUUCCAGACCAUCGCACUCGACCUGAUGGGGCCCUACCCCAGGUCACCCAGAGGGAAGAGGUUCAUACUCGUCAUGUCAGAUAUGUUCACAAGAUGGACAGAGGCAUAUCCGUGCAGCAAUGCCAGGGCGUCUACCAUCAUCCACCUCAUGACGCAGGAAUCCCUGCCUCGGUGGGGCUACCCACAGUCGGCCUUGACCGAUAAUGGCAGCCAGUUCAUCGGCAGUGGGUACCAACACCUCGCCGACGCCCUGUUCUGCAUCCGCCAUCGUGUGAACGCAGCAACAGGCCACACACCCGCCGAGAUGGUGCAAGGGAGUAACCUGCACCUCCCAGGCGAAUGGGCCACCCACGGGACGCUGCACGAUGUAGAAGGGACGGAGGAACGUGACCAGCGCAGGACAGACAUGUAUGAAGACGCACGGCGACGACAAACGACCUACUCGCAGAAUAUCACCCCCAAGACCACGCGGGAGCCACCUCUAGUCCGAGUGGGAGACCAAGUCUACGCCCGGGUCCACCCGCUGUCUGCAGCCCCCCGCAACUACUGCGCGGGAUUGGCACCGCGCUGUAGCGGGCCUUACAAAAUCCAGAGAUGCGUGGGCAGGACCGCAUAUCUGGUCAGACUCGGGGGGCGGCGCAUCCGGAAGAUCCACCGCAACGAUCUACGACUGGCCACGACACCGGGUGAGCUGAUGCCGGAAGUACCAGACCACAACGAGACACACAACGACAUGCACGACGAUGAACAACCGGUAGCAGACGAGCCCGAACCGGCUACCGGAGAGUAA